UACUUUAUUUUUUAUUCUUGUUUUGGUUGGUCAUAUGAAGUGGAGACUAAUCUACUUAAACCUGCUACUGGGAAACAAAGGUGGACCAAAACAUCAAAACCAUUGCUAGAUUCAUCCCUCAUCACCAAAAAUGAGUUCAACAAUUAAGCAUUUUACCCAUCCGGAGCACGAGCUGAUCUUGAAGGAGAAUGAUGUUAUUGAAGACACGGCUACUUGCUAUGUCUGCAACAGAACAGUCAUUGGCAAACCUACGUAUACCUGUACUAGUCGUCAUGCUGCUGCUGAUGCUGAUGAUGAUAUUGGCUGUAAAAAGUUUUACCUGCACCAGGCUUGUGCAGAAUUACCCCCACAUCUUUUCCAACACGAUAUGCACAACCAACACACCCUUACUCUUGAACUAUGCUCUGAUGGAUGCUAUUGUAACGGUUGUGAUCUUCAAAUAAAGUUUGCUUAUAGGUGUGCUCCUUGUAACUGUGGUAUAUGUGUUGCUUGUGCUUUUCCUUGUCCUCCUGAUGAUGAGCAGAGAGAGCUUCAUCAUGAAGGUCACCAGCAGCACACACUCUUCUUAUUGCAGAGGCAGGCUUUGUUUAAAUGUGAUGCUUGUUGGGUGGAGGCGAAAGACUUUUCUUAUGUAUGCAAAACGUGUGAUUUUUGGAUCCACAAGAAGUGUGCUCUCUCUCCCCCCAUUAUUGCAGAGCCUGUUAAUCACCAUCACCCUCUCCAUCUUAUCUUCUCUAUUCCAGACGAACAUCGCUAUUUCACCCGAUGGUGCAACAUCUGCAAUGACUAUAUUCCUGUACAUUCCUGGAUGUAUUAUUGUCAGAAAUGCACAUAUUUUGUGCAUAUGAAAUGUGUUACAGCCCCUGCAUCUGCACUAAAUGAGAUUGAAGCCGCUGGCAGUGACAACGACCCAGAUUUGAUAAAAUUUCCUCUGCUUAGCGUGGAAGCACUAAGUGAUUUCAUCAUAACCCGGCUUUCAAAAUUCCAAGUUGACUUUGAAGGUGAGCGUAAAGAUACUGCCAUGACAUCAACCGGAACUGAUGACCCACGUAUAAUUGAAGAGCAUUGGAGUCACCCCGAUCAUCCAUUAGAACUGUUUCAGUUUAUUAUUAAUGAGCAUGAUGACGACGACGAAGAUGAUGACGACAACACAGCAAUAUUGAUAUGUGAUGGGUGCACUCAACCCAUCACGGUUACCCAUUCAUCGUACUACAGUUGUACCCGGUGUAAUUUCUUUCUCCACUCCGUGUGUGCCACUAAAUUGCCAGACGAGUUGCCUACAGGAGUAUGCUCGUUUCACCCGCAGCAUUCGCUCGCCCUUUCAAAGGAAACUAGAUUCUACGCAACAGUGCACUGCAGAGUUUGUGGCUGCCUGACAAAUGGAUUCUACUAUAACUGUGAGGCAUGUGAUAUGAAAAUUGAUAUUUGCUGUGCAUUUAUGCCCUCCAGGAUAAAAUAUAAGUCUCACAAGCACCACCCCUUUAUUCUGCGUCCAUCAUCGGGUGACGUUUGCAGUGUUAGUAAGAGCUUUAUUUUUGGUGGCAUGGAAUAUGGAUGUGAAAUUUGUAAAAAUUUCCAGAUCAAUGUAUCUAGUGUAUUUUACCCAGGUACGAUGAAACACAAAUACGAAGAUCAUUCCAUAACCUUAAGAUAUCCCCCUUUCUUCUAUGAAGGUGUAUUCUACUGUGAGUUAUGUGAAGAACGAGUAAACAAUCAAUGGUGGCUCUAUCAUUGUGAUGAAUCUGAUCAUUCUUUUCAUUCUGAUUGCCUCCUUUUCUGGCAUAGGAUGAAGUUAGGAGGGACCAUCAGAAUUGAUAUUAACGAUAAAAUGCACACACUUGCAUUUGUUUUCAAAACGAAUGUAAGAAGAAACUCUCCCUUGCACAUUUGUGGCAAUUGCAAUUAUGGAUACACUUCUGGUCUCUUCUUUGAAUGUGAUGGCUGUGGAUAUCUUAUCUGCACUCGAUGUGUCAGGAAGAUAUAUGGGUGAUUAACAAGUCAAUGCAAUUCUGAGAUACUUCUACACUCUCUUUGGCAAGUGUUUUAUGUCAGCUAUAAACUUUUUACACAAUAAUGUUAUUUCAGCACAUCAGCGUUGCAUUUGUGUUGUUUUAUCUUUCUUAGUGGAUUUGCUACUUAUAUCCAAUUAUAUCACC